AUGGAGAAAUACCAUUGUGUUACUGUCAUUAAUCUUUUAAACAACAACUUAACUGGAAGGAUUCCUCCAAGCCUUGCAAAUUGCUCUAUUCUGGAUGUACUAGACCUUGGGAAUAAUAGUCUGUUUGGGACAAUUCCAGAUUCCUUGGGCCAGUUUCAACUACUCAGAUCAUUACACCUUAAUGACAAUCACUUUUCGGGGGAUUUGUCAUCAUCUUUAAGAAAUUUGUCAGUGUUAAAAACUAAGGAUCUUGGAAACAAUGAAUUGUCUGGCUUGUCGCAAGUCCUCGACCUUUCGAGAAAUGACUUGACUGGAAGCAUUCCAGCAAGGUUGGGUGAUCUGAAAGCUAUAGUCCAAGCCAAGAAGAAAAAUAAAUACUUACUGUAUGGAGAUUAUGAAGGUCACUACUAUGAAGAAAGUUUGAAUGUGUAUAUAAAAGACCAAAGACUAAAGUAUACCAAGACACUUUCCCUUGUUACUGGCAUAGACCUUUCUGAUAAUAACUUGACAGGAAAUAUUCCCAAUGAAAUUACAAAACUAUCUGGUUUGAUGGUUAUCAACUUGUCAAGAAACCAUAUAACCUACCAAAUUCCAGAAACCAUAUCAAAUUUGCGUCAACUAUCAUAUCUUGAUCUGUCGAGCAAUCAAUUUUCUGGCACAAUUCCUUUAAGUUUGCCUUCCUUGACAUUUUUGGGAAGCCUAAACUUGUCCGACAACAACCUCAUGGGUGCUAUUCCUUACACAGGUAGUGUUGGUUUGGGGUUUGCAACCGGUAUUUUGGCUCCAUAUUUUACUUUAGCCAUGAAGAGAUCAUGGAGUGAUGCCUAUUUUUACUUUCUGGAUCAAGUUAUAAACAAGUUCUUAUUGAGGCUCCCACAACCACAAGGUAUAAAUAAUGGCCAAAAGAGGAAGAGUCAUCAUAGGCAGUAG